CAUGAUUUUCAUUUUCUCGUAUCAUUUUUUUGAAGAGAGGAAAUGAUUGUAGUGGAACUUGUUACAGACCAGUCACUGAUACGGAGUCUUCGUAGUUCAGAAACUUUCAUAGAAGAGCAAAUAUAGCCCUUUUUUUGUUUGUUUGUGUUCUGGAGUCUGUGUUGUUAAAAAGGGAAAUAAAAAUGACGACUUCGUCUAUUAGGCGGCAGAUGAAGAACAUUGUGAACAACUAUUCAGAAGCCGAAAUAAAAGUUCGGGAAGCAACCUCUAAUGACCCCUGGGGUCCCUCCAGUUCGUUAAUGACUGAAAUAGCAGAUCUGACUUACAAUGUUGUGGCCUUUUCUGAAAUUAUGAGCAUGAUCUGGAAACGGCUGAACGACCAUGGCAAAAACUGGCGACACGUAUACAAGGCCCUUACUCUGUUAGAUUACCUGAUUAAAACUGGUUCUGAGAGAGUGGCACAGCAGUGUAAAGAGAAUAUUUUUGCUAUCCAGACAUUGAAAGAUUUUCAGUAUAUUGAUCGAGAUGGUAAAGACCAGGGCAUCAAUGUAAGGGAGAAAUCCAAGCAGUUAGUGUCUCUUUUGAAGGAUGAUGAGCGACUCAAGACAGAGAGGGCCCAAGCCCUGAAGACCAAAGAACGCAUGGCUCAGGUGGCCACUGGGGUCGGUAGCAAUCAGAUCACGUUUGGCCGAGGUUCCAGCCAGCCAAACUUAUCCACUAGCUACUCAGAGCAAGAAUAUGGAAAGUCUGGAGGCUCCCCCGCAUCUUAUCAUGGCUCUACAUCCCCUCGAGUUUCCUCGGAGCUAGAGCAGGCACGGCCUCAGACAAGCGGAGAAGAAGAGCUCCAACUGCAGCUUGCAUUGGCAAUGAGCAGGGAAGUUGCAGAGCAGGAGGAGCGCCUCAGACGCGGAGAUGAUCUGAGAUUACAGAUGGCUCUGGAGGAGAGUCGCAGAGACACAAUUAAAAUUCCCAAAAAGAAGGAGCAUACAACUUUGUUGGACCUAAUGGAUGCCCUACCCUCAUCGGCACCAGCGCCACAGAAAACGGAGCCUUGGGGACCUCCUGCUGUUGCAAACCAAACUGAUCCCUGGGGAGGAUCUGCAGUUGCAGCUACUGCCUCUGACCCAUGGCAAUCAUUUGGUGCCAAACCAGCUGCUUCUGUUGAUCCUUGGGCAGCACCAGCAGGAUCCACAACUCAGUCCCUGUCCAAAAAUGUUGACCCUUGGGCUCCUGCUCAGUCAUCAUCUACUGCAGCAAAACCUUCUGUGGAUCCUUGGGGACCAGCACCUGCAAACAAACCUCUCUCUACUUCCGGAAGUACAUCUUUUGACCUCUUCAGUAAUUUGAAUGGUACAGUUAAGGAUGAUUUUUCUGAAUUUGACACACUUCGAACUUCCAAAAAGCCAGCUGAAUCAGGUUCCACUCUGCCAUCCCAGCAUAGCGGUACCACAAGUCCUGAUCUCUUUGAUUCCCAGCACUCAAGCAUAACAUCAGGCAAACAGAGUGCAGCUCGGAAAACCCCCGAGUCUUUUCUGGGCCCCAAUGCUGCUUUGGUGAACCUGGAUUCCCUGGUAUCUAAGCCGCCACAACCUGUUGCUUCGCUGAAUCCGUUCUUGGCGCCAGGUGCAGCUACAGCACCAACUCCAAUCAACCCCUUCCAAGUGAAUCAGCCUCAGCCACUCACUCUAAAUCAGAUGAGAGCAAGUCCUGUCAUGGGAACCAGUCCUUCUUUCAGUGCUGUGCCACCAAUAAGCAUGGAGCCAAUACCUCUGUCUUCCAUGGCCCCAGUGCCUGUGGGAAUGGCGCCGAUACCAGCUAUGGGCACUGUGGCGUCUAUAACAAGAAUGGGCCAGGGGCUGAACAGGAAUCCCGCCGUCAGCGUCCCAGUCUACAAAUACGACUAACCCUUUCCUCCUAUAAAGACCCAAUCAAAAGAACUUUCUUUUCAUAGUGUUUUCAGGCUGAAGUCUUUACAGCUCAAUGAACGUGGCCUGUUUGGACUGAACGGUGUAUAAGAGACUUGGAAGUAGAUUUGCAGUUUACAGUUAUGAUCUUUGAAGAGUUGUCUCUACUUACCAGUUAAUCUAAAUCUAGUCUUUGCUACAGAUGGUACCUUACUUUGGCUUGUUGAGCAUUAUGUGAAAUGUUCAGACUUUUCACCAAAGUUAGAUUCUGCCCAUUUUGUUACUCUGUUUAUCAUUUCAAUACACUUUCUAGGGAGAACCUGCCAUUUUAAACUUCGUUGGCUAUUUUGUAGAUGUCAGAUGAUGUGCUGGAUCCUGAAAUUACUAUUUACCUGCAUCUGUCACUUCCUAUGCCCAUACGAUAGACCUGAGAUUCAGAGUGCUAGUGAAUGUUUUGCACAUAACUAUACACAGUUCUAGACUGUUGGUUCACCCAUAGUCCUUACUCUUAGAAGAGAACGAUUUUGAGGGCCCAGGUGGCUGGUUUUUAUGCAUUAAACAUUGCAACGCAAAAUCGCACUGCUUUCGUAUCAAAGGUUUGACCGAGAAAGCAAGCUUGUCUCAAAAGGAAAAACAGACAAAAAACCCAAGAACAUUCUCAAGUUGUCAAGUAUAAUGUGUGCUGUUGUAUGCAGUGUUGAAUUUGUACACUACUCUCUAAGGACUCCUGAGGAACUCUCUGUGAGUGGCAUGCUGCACUCGUGCUGAGUGAGUGUCCUGCUCUGUGCUUGUCCAGUACCAGCUUCGUUUGGAAGUUAUCAUGUGUAUUUUGUUUUUAUUUGACUUACAACGUGAGUUGAAAGGAAAAAAAGAAAUACAGUGGGACAACUUUGAAUUCAGUUUCACCGGGGCAAGCUUUAAAACUAAUUCAGGCUUAACCUUGCUAUAUGCAGUUACUCUUGUAUACUUUUGCACAUAUUUUGUUUAGUACAGUUUCAUAUUUGAGUUUGCAGAGUUACCUAAUAGUCCUUUUUGUGCUAAUUUUUAUAAUGUGGUUCUUAUUUAACUGUCUGGUUUUGAUAGAUUUAUCAAGUCUGGCUGAAAAAAUUAAGAUAUUGGCAAAUGUCAUUUUUAUGGUUUUAAUGCCCUCUUAUUUAUGGUUUUAGCUCUUUGUUUCUGUAAAGAGAGUUUAAAAGGGAAGAUUAACACUAAAAUAUUCUACUUUUAAAUGAAGUAUUCAUAAUGAAAAUCAAAGCAAAUUCUCUCAACUAAUUAUUUUUAGAUGAAUUGAAUUUGAACAUGACGUGAUUUAAGACUACAUUAAAAAGAAGAAACA